GCGAAUCUUUGACUUCCGACUCUGCUUCCGAGGUGGGCGGGAGAAGAUGGCGUCGGCCUGCUGGUGGCUGUGCCUGGUGGUGGGUCUCUGCGCCUGCUUGGCGGCUGCGGAGGAGCCGAAGAAGAGCUCCAACAAGCCGGGGAAGAAGAAGAAAGACAUUCGGGACUACAACGAUGCCGACAUGGCGCGGCUGUUGGAGCAAUGGGAGGAGGAUGAUGAUAUAGAGGAAGGAGAUCUUCCUGAGCACAAGCGCCAAUCUGCACCAAUCGACUUCUCCAAGAUCGAUCCAGGCAAGCCUGAGAGCCUCUUGAAAAUGACCAAAAAGGGGAAAACUCUCAUGAUGUUUGUCACUGUGUCCGGAGAGCCAACGGAGAAGGAGACGGAGGAAGUUACAAACCUGUGGCAAGGAAGCCUUUUCAAUGCCAAUUACGAUGUACAGAGGUUCAUUGUCGGUUCAAACCGUGCCAUUUUUAUGCUGCGUGACGGAAGCUACGCGUGGGAGGUCAAAGACUUUCUGGUAAAUCAAGAGAGAUGUGAAGAUGUCACUUUGGAAGGUCAAGUCUACCCUGGUAAAGGAGGCGGAGGAAAAGAAAAAAAUAAACUGAAGUCUGAAAAACCCUCCAAGAAAAAAGACACAGGUGUGAAACCUGGAACCGUUAAGGACAGCAACCGUGCAAGUAGAGGAAAAGAGGAUCUUUGAUAAAUGCCCUGAAAUACUGUCAAAGAAGUUUAGAACAUUUCAGAAAGAGAAAACAGGAUUGGUUUUGCAAGUUUCGAAGUAUUAAUGGUUAAGGGAACAGUUUACUUAUUAACGAGAGGCAUUCCUUUAGAAAUGGCAGUCGGUUAAUGGCUGUGGGCUGCUUACAUUCAAUCAACUAUUAAGUCUCAGCUCCCUAUCAUUUAGUAUUAUGGACUUUGUCCAGAAGGGUGGUUGAGAGGGUCACCAUUUGGAGAACUGAUUCUUACAGGUGGUAUCGCAGAUGGAUCAAAAGAAUAGGGAGAAGGAAAAGCAAAACUUAGAAGGCAGCUGAUUUUCCCCCCAAUAUUUUGAUUAAUCCAAAUUAACAAUACACUUUCAUUGCAUUUUAAAUUCGUAGCUUGAGAUUUGUCACUGAUUAUAUACAAAAACAGAUCCAGAGUGACAGUUUCUACGUUUAUUUGCUUUUAAAAUCCUGAUAAUCCAGUAUUCCACACUGAAAUGAAAAUAAAACUUUCUGUUAAUUAGCUAAUAAGGCUAGGGGAUUGCCACACUAAAUCGGAUCGAUGUACCUCUCAUUCAUUGAUUGAAGUAAUAUAAAAUGUGAGGAAUGCUCACAGAUGCCGCUCAAUUGAUUGCAAAAACAAAAGUGUGUGGGAAUGUAUGAUUUUUCUGUGGAUAAACAUAUCCAUGCAAUGGAUAUAUUUUACAGGUUGCGUUGAUUUUUUUAAAAAUGUUAAUUGGAAAAGUUUGCAGCCAUUGUAUUGGAUUUCAUUUGCUGUUACUGUUUUAUAUUCAGUGCCAUGGAAAAUGUGCAAUACUUGGAACAGCCAUGGCAGUUUAUUCUUUGGGGAAAAGAAGAGGUAACUAAGGACAAGUUGCUGUCUGUGUGAAUGCUCCCUCCAAAACUUCAAUAAAUUUCUAUAAUUUUUUCAGAAGAGA